AUGUACGACAUCAACGUGCCAAAUGCCGAAUUCGGGGCUGCUACAGUCCGCAUUGCCCCCCCUCCGGCCUCCUUACUGAAGUUUCCUCCUGCCGCCUACCCGGGGACCAUUCCCGCGCCACAUACUGCCCACCCUACUUGGCGACAGCCCUUCAACAUCCCCAAUGAUCUCUAUACCCAGCUUCUCGACGUGCGCGUGCCUAUCACUAUCGCCAGCGUCUACGCCGUCACCGUCGUCCUGGUCAACCGCCUGAACAAGCGCCGCGGGUACAAGCCAUACUCCUUUAGCAACAUCCAGCUCUUUAAGCUGUUCGUCGUGCUGCACAAUGUCUUCCUGGCCAUCUACUCCGCCUGGACUUUUGCUGGCAUGCUCCGAGCCUUCAGCAGCAGCUUGCCGGAUCGUGAUGAUCCUCACGGCCUAGUCGGCGUCGUGGACUCGCUGUGCAAGAUCAAUGGGCAGCGCGGCUACGGCAACGCCGCCACUUACAACCCCCUAACGAACGAGUGGUCCACCCCGAACCCAGCGCUGAAGCUGACCGGCGGUCUACCGGGCGCGGAUGCCGGUCGCCUCUGGAACGAGGGUCUGGCGUAUUUUGGCUGGAUCUUCUACCUAUCUAAGUUCUAUGAGGUUGUCGACACGGCUAUCAUCCUGGCCAAGGGAAAGAAGAGCUCGACUCUGCAGACAUACCACCAUGCCGGGGCUAUGAUGUGCAUGUGGGCGGGUAUUCGCUAUAUGGCUGCGCCCAUUUGGAUCUUUGCGCUGGUCAACUCGGGUAUUCACGCGAUGAUGUACACCUACUACACCCUGACUGCUCUCCGUAUCCGCGUGCCCCAAGCAAUCAAGCGUAGCUUGACCACUAUGCAAAUCACUCAGUUUGUUCUAGGAACCAACAUGGCUGCCGCCUACCUGUUCCUCCACUACACGAUCCCCUACCCAUCUGGUAGUUCCGCUCUGCGCCAUCUUCAAGAAGCGACCACCGCCGCCACCACCAGCCCCAGUGCUGAGGCCGGUGUUGGUUCCUGGUGGAAGAAGAUCGGUCAGGCGAGUGCACCGGGUUAUACCCAACAGAUGGUUACCUGCAUGGAUACCACCGGCCAAGCCUUUGCGACCUGGCUCAACAUCACCUACCUGCUACCCCUCACCUACCUCUUCGUGCGUUUCUUCGUGCGGUCGUAUCUGAGGCGCACCGACCCGCGCAUCAAGCAGCCGACCCACAUGGAGGCCGCCGAGAAGGCCGGCAUGGACGCUCUCAAGAGCCUUAGCCGAGAGAUCCAAAAGGCCGCUAUUGAGGGCGAGAACAGUGAGGUUACGGAUGAAGAGGUGAUUCGAGCACACGUCAUCAACGCCGCUCAGAAGAUUGCCGGAGUGGAUUCUUCGCCGGCCCGGACCCGAUCUUCCGCAGCGAACAAGACUGCUGCUGCUUCGGCCAGCCGGUCGGAAUCCGAGGAUGGAUUCUCUACAGUUCCUGCGAAGAAGGGCGCUAAGAAGCAAACCCGCCCGAAGAAAGCGACUUCGAAUGGGAAUGCGAAAGGGGAGAAUCCCUUUGGAGUUCUCGACAACGAUGCAUGA